GAGAGAGACUAUUUUCACGAGCGCGCGCGCGCGCUCGCGGAACGUCCUCCGGCCACGCGCGCGAAUUUCCCUCGCGGCUUUCCCCCCGGGUUCCCCCUCCUCUCUCUCUCUCUCUCUUUCUCUCUCGCCCCGCGUCUCUCGGGCACCGGGGCCAUUUUGCCGAAAUGAUGAAAAUAACACCGCGAGCCGCCUCGCGCGGACUGCCCGCGUCCUCGCUCCUGCUCGCGGUCCUCGUCUGGUGCCACUGCGUGUGCUCGAUCGCGCACGCGAAAUCGCACCACCUGAGGACGACGUCCAACGACACCGAGCAAGCCGUCGACUGCGAGCUCGUCAGGCCGUUCUUCGACACCAAGAACAUCACGCUCGCGCCGGCCGCCGCGGACUCCCCGAAAACGAUAUGCGGCGGCAAGUGCUGCGGCGCGGAGAUGGAGGAGCGUCUGAAGGAACAAGCCCGGACGGACUUCCACAGUCUGAUCCAUCAUCACAGUAGAAGUCUACAAGGCCUCCUCGCCACCACCGUCGACGCUCUCAAAGAGACGAUGAUCGUGUUGCUGCGGAGGUCGGAGAACACGACCGUGACCAUGUUCGACCAGGUGUACCGCUCAAUGGCGCCGCAGAGCAGACCAUCGAUCCGGGCGUUCUACCAGUCGAUGAUUGACUACGUGUCGUCCGCCGACGACACCUCGGACGAUCCGCAGCAGCGGCCGCCGCUGACGCGCGAGACGCUGCAGGAGCGCAUCAACGAAUUCUUCACGCGGCUCUUCCCGAUCGCCUACCAUUAUGCCAUUAAUCCGAACGGGCAUCGGGAUUGGCGGGACUUCACCGAAAAGUUCAAGUCCUGCCUGUACGAGAGGAUCGACGACAUACAGCCGUUCGGCGAGACGCCGCAGGAAGUAUUAAAGAUCGGCAAGAGCCUGGAUGCCACCAGGAUUCUGGUGGAGGCGUUGACGCUCGGUAAAACUGUCCUCGACAGGACGGACAGAAUGAUCUUUAACAUCGGCAAGAGUCCUCAACAGGACGCCUGCUACGACGCCCUGCUUAGGAUGACCUAUUGUCCCAAGUGCAAGGGUAUCGGGAAGACCGUGAGACCCUGCGGCGGAUUCUGCACGAACGUAGUUAGAGGCUGCCUGACGGAGCCGGCGUCCGAUCUGGAUCUCGCGUGGUCCGGUUACGUGGACACGGUCGAGAGGCUCGUCGCGGCGAUCAGCGGCAAGAGCGAUCACCACGGCCUGAACGUCAGGUCCGCCGUCAGGGAUUUGGACUCCCGCAUUUCGGAUGCCAUUAUGCACGCGAUGGAGAACGGCCCGCUGCUCGAGGAGAAGGUGAGGAAGGUGUGCGGUCGCUCGGAGCUGCUGCCGCCCGAGGAGAAGAGCCCAGUGUCCUCGGAUGCAGCUGCGAGGUCGUCCCCGUCGUCCAGCGGCGUGGAACCGCGGCACGCAGCUGCGCCGUCGUCUCACGCGCAAGACGACCUGGUGGACCAGUUGCACAAGCAGCUGGCCAACUUCCUGGCGAGCGUCGUCAGGUCCCGCAUCUUCUACGGCACGUUGGCGGACGCGAUCUGCGAGGAUUACCCCGACAAACGUUGCUGGAACGGCGAACGCGUCGGAGAAUACACGAAAACCGUGGUAGAUUCCAGUCUGAACGCUCAACGAUACAAUCCUGAAUUCACGAUAACGAUGUCGUCGACGCCGGCUACCUACUCCGGCAAUGUGAACACCAGCGCGCUCAUUGACCAAUUGAGGCACAUUAAUCAGGUGGUGCAGACCCAAUUGGUAUCCGACCUCGGGCCCGACGGCUUCCUGGCCGACGAGGCUGGUUCCGGGAGCGGGGACAGCGCGGUCUGGAGGCCGCACGGCAACGGCGAGAUCGACGACGACGAGGACGGCCGCGAUCGCGACGACGACGACGAGGCGUCCGGCUCCGGAAUGGGCCCCACCACGACAGACACGUCGAUGAAGCCUCACCCGAACGGUCCGCUCCACGCUGGAUCGUCAACGGUCUUGCUAUCAUCCGCGGUCCUCGCUAUCGUCUGCGCAUCGCUUAUCGCUUAAUCGGUCGCGUCGCCGGAACGAGAGAUACGAUUUCGAUCGCGAUUUACGGCCGACGUAGGCGGCCAGUAGAUAAGGAGAGAGUUAAACUAGUUUCUGUCGCGAUCGAGGGAUUGUUAGCAGGUCGGACCUAUCCGGUUCCUCGCGCGGGAUUCUUCCGGCGUGCGUGAAUGCCGAUGAGCUGCCUCGUAAGGAGGUUCACCGGCAGCUUCCGCCCGCCGGAAUCGCGUACAAGCGAUGCCGUUGAUAAUUUAUCGGUGGCGUGUCGGGCAGCGAAGCGAACUGUUCCUGCCGCGAUCCCGCUGGAAGGACGCCGCGGUUCUCAGUGAUAUAUCGAUGCGCGUGGAAUAUGUGUAUGUGUAUAUGCACGGCGUGCAUGCAUGUGUGUUUGUGUGUGAGAGAGAGAGAGAGAGAGAAGGGUGGUUCUAAAAGUAUACGGGAAAGGGAAAGAGAAAAGAGCGUACGGCAAAGCGGAAAGAAGCGAUGGGCGAACUGAGUCUGAGACGUCGCGCUUGUAAAACGCGAUGAUAAAUCUCGCGAUGUUUUUUCCAGGUGCAGUGUUUUGUCGACGGAAACUCUGGUUUUCUUCCCUUUUUUUCCCCCGUGCACACGGAUAUCGAUACCGUGGAACUGGAGCGCGUAACGCGUUUGCCUCGGGCAGAACUUGAAAUUAAUGUUUUUUUUAAAUUUUUUUAGCAAAUGCACAAAUGCAACUCUUUACAAAGUUUACAUUCGGGAGAGAGGACUUCUUUCAAGCUUGUAAAUUUGCGAGACGCGCGGUAUUUAUGCUUGAAGGGACAAGUGACAUUGACCCUAGGGAGUUGAGGAGAAUAGAAUAUCACCGCAAGUUAAAAGCCCGGCUAUAGGAACGCAGGUCAGUAUUUCGCAUGUCACUUUGUCCUUCCGGUUUUUCGAGAUUCGCGCUUUUAUCUCCGCAAACGAAGCGCGAAGCAUUGGAUUAGCGUUGCUCAAACGCGAAGCCGCGCAAGGAAAUUAUUGAAAUUACGAGUCGCGCGCGUUUUCAUAAUCAAAUCGCUAGCCGAAAGAAAAGGGUACCAUAGGGACACGUUCCGAUUUGGAAAUGCCAGGUACACCCGUUAUCUCACUGACUCCACGCGCGCUUUCUCGCGAGGCGAGUCGCGAAAAUGUAUAGGCCUAAGAGAGAAAAGUCUCUGUCAAACGGAGCGCACUCGCGCCGAGUGUCGGUAUUACAUAAGAAUGCGGGAUGGUCGCGGCAGAGCCAUCGAUCGCCGGCUCCAGGGAGGACAAAACUUCCGAUCCGAAGGUCGACGAGUCCGCUGUCCGACUCCGUUUAUCUUUCGCGAGAGGGGAAAAGUGUGUCGCGCGGCACUCUGAGAAAUGGCUUCGAGAAGCGUCAUCUCCUCUUUGUUAUAUCGGGUGUACGUUUCGUUAGCUUUGCGAUAAAAGCGAACGAUUCGCUGGAGAAGCGCCUAAGAAAACAAAAUUAUUAUAAUUACGUGGAGGGUUUGCGGAGCGAGAGGGAAGGAGGAGAUGCGCCGAUGGACCAACUCCAGUGACAAACCCCGCGUUCGCGCCUUCACGAACGGAAUGACCGAUUGUAGUUUAACGCGGAAUGCUCCGAAGGACGUCGUCCACCUUAGCCUCGAAUUAAAUCUUUUCCCUUAAUUACGGAGAUAGAAGGCGUGUAGGAAGGACCACACGUUUCGUUCGAAAACUAUCAAGUGUCUGCAAUACGUUUGACAUUGGUAACUCCUUAAUUUCCAAACGUUUUUCUUCUUUUUCGUUUGACUUUACUGCUAUUUGGCUAUUUGUAAGAUAAAGUUUUGUAUUUAUUUUUUUUUUAGACGCUUGUCUUUUGUAAAGUCAGGCCUUCGCUGAUUUAUGAACCGGAUUCGAUCUCGCGCGGUCACGUAGCCGGUGCCGAAUGCCAGAUGAGAGUAUGUACAUGGAAACGAAAGUAUUUUACCUUCACUUCCUACGACUCGCAGAAGUCGUACGAAUAUCGUUACUGUCGAGCCAAUCGGCCGCGAACAGCCACGUCGGUGUGCCUCGUAAUUCGCGUGCCGGUUGUUCCUUUUUUUUCUUUCUUUCGCGUAUAAAGUAGGAAAGAAGUGUCUUUUUCGCCGGGUGACGUCGCCGCGUCUCGUUCAGGCGGGCGUCGAUGUAUCGCGCAUUAUUAUUGAAAACGACGAGGGGAGGCCAUAAUCAUCCGUCGUCGACGAUAACGCGAAUGCCAUAUGUGUACACACACACGCGCGUAUAAAGUCGUAUAUAUGUAUAUAUCUAUGUACGAUAUAUAUACAA